CAGUCAGUGUGGGGUAGCCAGCCGCCGCGCGCGUCUUCACUACAGUACCAUAACGAAAGCUUCUUGCGGAGCUUACGCGAAAGUUUUAAAGUGAUAUCAAGUAAUUAAAAACAUCUUGUUUAUUUUCUUAAUGAAUGAGUGUUAAAUAAAGACGUUACUAAGCAAUAUUGAUUUAAGGAUCAAGCCGAAAUUUGAAGACGCCAACAUGAAUUUGAAUCUUGUAAAGUUAAUUAAUUCCGUAGUUAUUGGUAAUUUAUUUUUGAUCAAUGCAACAUUUUGUUUCGAAAAUAAAGCUAAUGAGGAAUGUGAUUUAUGCCAAGAUGUGUCCAGAGUUAAAUUGGGUGAUACAGAAAUGAAACUGCUCGCUGUUAGAUUCAAACGAGCCGUGCAGACAGACAGAGGUGCGGCCAGAUCCGCCACAGCUGAGGACAUUGAUCGAAAAGUAUCCAUAAAUCAAAGUUUACCAGCUGUGAAUGGUACAGAUGAGCCAUGCAUUGGCUCUCCAGAGUUCUGCAACUUAACCAAAGAGGAAUACGUGAGAAUGUUGCAGGAGUACAUCUACCCGCAGACGUACGAGUGGGUGCUGAUAGGCACGCAUUCCGCGGUCUUCGUCAUAGGGCUGGUGGGCAACGCACUGGUCUGCAUCGCCGUGUAUAGGAACCACACCAUGAGGACUGUAACCAACUAUUUCAUAGUAAACUUAGCCGUCGCCGACUUCAUGGUAAUACUGUUCUGUCUGCCGGCGACCGUGCUGUGGGAUGUGACGGAGACUUGGUUCUUAGGAGAUGUCCUUUGCAAGAUACUGCUAUAUUUUCAGUCGGUGUCGGUGACAGUCUCGGUGCUGACGCUGACGUUCAUCUCGCUGGACCGCUGGUACGCCGUCUGCUUCCCGCUGGAGUUCAAGUCCACCACGGGCCGCGCCACAACUGCCAUACUCGUCAUAUGGACCGUCUCCCUGCUCUUCAAUGCGCCCGAACUGGCAGUGCUGACGACGGUGCAGGCGGUGCCGCUGCGCUUCGAGCUGCGGCUGUUGGUGCAAUGCACGCCCACGUGGUCCGCCACCAGCGACCUCGUCUGGCACAUCGUUAAAGUCCUCUUCAUCUACACGAUCCCGCUGGUGCUGAUGACGGUGGCGUACCGGCAGAUCCCUGCAUGUGUUCCUAUAGGCCAGCUGCGGUCGCGGCGUAAGGCAGCAAAGAUGCUGGUGGCUGUCGUAGCCAUGUUUGCUGUCUGCUACUUCCCCGUGCAUCUGCUCUCCGUGCUCAGGUACACGCUGGACAUGGAGCAGAGAAACUAA